CAUGAAAACUAAGACACCUGAUGGUAGCAUUGAUUCCAGUAAAGCCAUGGAAACUAAUAAGACACCUGAUGGUAGCAUUGAUUCCAGUAAAGCCAUGGAAACUAAGACACCUGGUAGCAUUGAUUCCAGUAAAGCCAUGAAAACUAAGACACCUGAUGGUAGCAUUGAUUCCAGUAAAGCCAUGGAAACUAAGACACCUGAUGUUAGCAUUGAUUUCAGUAAAGCCAUCGAAACUAAGACACCUGAUGGUAGCAUUGAUUCCAGUAAAGCCAUGGAAACUAAGACACCUGGUGGUAGCAUUGAUUCCAGUAAAGCCACCAUGGAAACUAAGACACCUGAUGGUAGCAUUGAUUCCAGUAAAGCCAUGGAAACUAAGACACCAGGUAGCAUUGAUUCCAGUAAAGCCACCAUGGAAACUAAGACACCAAGUAGCAUUGAUUCCAGUAAAGCCAUGGAAACUAAGACACCUGGUGGUAGCAUUGAUUCCAGUAAAGCCAUGGAAACUAAGACACCUGGUGGCAUUGAUUCCAGUAAAGCCGCCAUGGAAACUAAGACACCUGAUAGCAUUGAUUCCAGUAAAACCAUGGAAACUAAGACACCUGGUAGCAUUGAUUCCAGUAAAGCCAUGGAAACUAAGACACCUAAUGGUAGCAUUGAUUCCAGUAAAGCCGCCAUGGAAACUAAGACACCUGGUAGCAUUGAUUCCAGUAAAGCCAUGGAAACUAAGACACCUGGUGGCAUUGAUUUCAGUAAAACUGCCAUGGAAACUAAGAAACCUGAUGGUAGCAUUGAUUCCAGUAAAGCUGCCAUGGAAACUAAGACACCUGGUGGUAGCAUUGAUUCCAGUAAAGCCAUGGAAACUAAGACACCAGGUAGCAUUGAUUCCAUUAAAGCCACCAUGGAAACUAAGACACCUGGUGGUAGCAUUGAUUUCAGUAAAGCUAUGGAAAUUCAGAAAGUUGGUGGUAGCACUGAUACUGGAAAAGCUGUGAAAAUUAAAAAAACUGGUGACAGUAUCGAUUCCAGCAAAGCAGUGGAAAAGAAGGAAGCUGAUGGUAGCACUGAAGCAACUAACAGAACUGAUGGCUUUGUUUCCUUUGAAGACCAGGAAACUAAGAAAACUGAUGGUAACAAUAAACAAUUAAAAUCCAGCGAAACAAUGAAACCUGAAGAUGGCAUCAAUCCAAAUGAAGUUAGGGGAAUGAAGAAAACUGGUGUCAACUUUGAUUCAAACAAACCUAAGCAAAUUGUAGAACUAGCAAAAACAGUCAAGGAAAUUGAAAAGCUUGAUGGUAGAUUGGACCCCAGGGAUGCAAAAUCUUCUCCAUUUGAUUCUGUUACAGAAUUUGACAACAAGCUUGUAUUUACAGGCAAUAAACAGGAUAAAAACAUUUCAGAAAAGAUUGAAAUUUGUUCUUCAAUUCAAAACAACAAUAUUUCCAAAAAUGUUUCUGAUUCAACUAGAGAAAAUGAAAUUUUGAUCCAGGAUUCUUUGAUUGUUCAAGAUACAAGAGUUGGUAAUGAUUCCGAUGGAAAACACCAGCAAGCAAAGACUCGCCAUCAGAAAACUCCCAUCCAGAGAGACUUGAUAUUUAAUAACCGUGUGUCUGGUGGGUUGGAUGUUUCUACCGACACACAGCCUAACAAGUUUAGCAAUAAAGAAAACAUGCCAGAUAACAGAGUGAAAGAAAUUGAUGUCCUUGAUCUCGUUGGUGUAUCAGGUGAUGUCAUCAGUAGUAGAACUAGGUUGGAAGAUGAUGCCCAAAAGUCUCAGUCAGACGAAAUUGUUGUUAGUUCUCCUCCAAGACGGAAAGGGAUAAAUAAUCGAACUGUUAGAUUCAAAGGAUUGGAACCAUAUGAUAUAUCGGAAGAAUCUUUCAAAGACAAAGUUCCUGAGUUUCGCAAACAAAAUGUGUCCGAGUCUAGUAAAGAUAAAAUCCGUGAUUUUCGUGCAGACUAUGUGGUUGAGUCUGGCAAAGAUAAAGUUCCUGAGUUUCGCAAGGAAAGAAUCCCUGAGUGUUGUAAAGACUCUGAGGUUCGCAAAGAGUUGUUUCUUUUCUCUCGGCCUGGUGAUCUAAAUGUGACCCGAGCCAUGCUGGACAGUUUCAAGGUCAGUCCCAGGGAAGACAGUGACAUCACGACUCCCGAGAUGGAAGCAACUCGACUCACAGACAUUCUCCUCAAGAUGAACGUCAAGGCCGGAAUGACCGCUCGGGAAAGGCGAAAGGUACUUGGCAUGAUGUUUGCUACAGUUGGUUUGAUGAUUUUCCAGUGCUCAGUUGCCUUGUGGAUCAUGAAAGACUUGUGAAACUGUUUCUCCCCAACUGUUGAUAACCAUGACAAACCUUUAACGUGGAUGAUGCAUGGUGUGGUUUUCUAUGUGAUGACAUCCUCAUCUAGAUGGAAUUGAUAUGCAUUUUACGUUAAUAUUUUGGAAUGGACAGUCAGGAUUAACAUUUUACAGGAUUAACUUUAACAGCAUGAAGUUUUAUAGACAAAAAAUUCUUUGUUAUUACUUAGAAUAUCUUACAUUUGAAAAAGAGAUUGUGCAUGGAUGAAGGUUUUUUUCAAUUGAAUAUUCUAAAAUAA